AUGUCAACGAUCCAUCGUGACCUAUCCAUCGAUUUGGGAAACUUUGAUCGUGACAAGCGCGAGCAGUUCGGGCAAUAUGAGACGGUGCACAAUCCUGUUGGAAAUACCCUGCACGUAUCAUUUGUAGGGUUUGUUUUUGUUUUUUAUUCAUCUUUUACCCUUUCUAUUUCUCUCUCUUUCAGUCUCUCUCCCCUCUCUUCAUGUUUUCCCUUCCCAGUCUCUUUCUUUCAUUCAUCCCCCUCUUUCGAUCUUCUCCUUUCUCUUGUCACUCUCUCUUUUUUCCCUUUUCUGUCUUUUCACAUUAACUGUUUGUCAGUUUUCCGUCUCGUUUUUCCUUGUACUCUCUCUCUCUCUCUCUCUCUCUCACACACACACACAUUCUCUGACGCAUUUAUUUUUAACGGUCCGCUUUCAUUUCCUGUUCUUUUCUGUGUCGCCUCUAUCUCUCUCUCUCGUUUCUUGUUCUCUUUUCCUACUUUUCAUUUCCGUCUCUCUAUCUAUCUCUCUCUCUCUCUCUCGUUUUCUUUUCCGUCUCUCUUGUUUCCUGCUUUUCAUUUCCGUCUCUCGCCCUCUCUCUCUCUCGUUUUUUCUUUUCCGCCUCUCUCUCUUGUUUCCUGGUUUUCAUUUCCCUCUCUCACUCUUUCAUUUGCUACUUUUAUUUUCCGUCUCUCUUUCUCAGUCUCUUGUUUCUUUCUCUCUAUCUCCCUACCUCUCCAUUUUCCUUUUUGCUAUCGUUUCUCUCCUUUUUCCUUUUUCUUACCCGGUUUCUUCUUUAUUUCCUUCUCCGUUUAUUUUUCUACAUCUUUUUUUCUUUCUGUCUUCUUUCGUUCUACUUCUUUUUCCUCUGUUCCACUUUUCUAUUUACACCUCCAGCAGAUGGUGGUGAGCGGAGAGCUUCCCUGUACAAAGGAUGAGUCGGCCAUAUUGGCCGGCAUUCAACUCCAUAUUGAGGAAGCAUGGCCUGAGGAUAACCCGGACGCCGAUGCCUGCGACCUCUUCAACCAUGUUACGCCCAGAGUGCCUUCGACACCACCAACAACGUCCAGGUCAGCCGGCACGUCUGAUGACAACGUGCAUCACGCGGGCAGUACGUCAUCAUCAGACAAAGAACGGCAGGACAAUCUACGUAAAAAGAAGGAGCUGAUCCGGGCGAACAAAGCAAAAAAGCUGGCCAGCAAUCGGCGACGUGGCCGACUAGUUAAGCACCUUAUGUGCUUCAGUGAUUAUGAAUACAAUUCGGUGAGCGCUGUUUGUUUGGAGGAUUACCUUCCACCGGAGUACACGACAUCAAGGAAGAUUCGGGAGCUAAUUCAGGACAAACAGAAGAAAUUGUGGCACACGCCAUACUAUGAUAACGAGGUGAAGUUAAAACAGCUCUACAUUAAAAUUUGCAAACACUUACCAGCUUAUGGUUGUAAACUCUAUCCAGUAAAGGAAAGUCUACGAGGGAAUACACAAAAGAAGGUUUCCCGGUUGCUGGGAAUCACACAUGAGAAAAUCAUUCUCUUGGACCACAAGACCAAAGCCCUGGCCAAAUCUGAACGCGUCGGGGAUCUUCAGGAAUGGUACACGGGAGAAGACCGAGCUCACGGUGGUUUAGUCCUCGAAUUCCGCGGCACAAAAUCGUGGAUUUUGACGACGCCAUCUCUGGAAAACCUGAAAUAUGUAGCAGCUGCCUUAUGGGAAGCAAUGGACAUUGACGGGCGCUUUCUUCCAUCAAGUGGCCUGCGAAGGAACAGCAUUGAUUUUGGUAAGUCACUUCAGUUGCUUCUUAUUAACGCAAUUUUGGAUUGUGUUCAUGUCUAUCUACCUAUCUAUCUAUCGAAUCUGUUCAUGUCUAUCUACCUAUCUAUCUAUCUAUCGAAUCUGUUCAUGUCUAUCUAUCUACCUAUCUAUCGAAUCUGUUCAUGUCUAUCUACCUAUCUAUCGAAUCUGUUCAUGUCUAUCUACCUAUCUAUCUAUCUAUCGAAUCUGUUCAUGUUCAUCUACCUAUCUAUCUAUCUAUCGAAUCUGUUCAUGUUCAUCUACCUAUCUAUCUAUCUAUCGAAUCUGUUCAUGUCUAUCUACCUAUCUAUCUAUCUAUCGAAUCUGUUCAUGUCUAUCUACCUAUCUAUCUAUCUAUCGAAUCUGUUCAUGUCUAUCUACCUAUCUAUCUAUCUAUCGAAUCUGUUCAUGUUCAUCUACCCAUCUAUCUAUCUAUCGAAUCUGUUCAUGUCUAUCUACCCAUCUAUCUAUCUAUCGAAUCUGUUCAUGUCUAUCUACCUAUCUAUCUAUCUAUCGAAUCUGUUCAUGUCUAUCUACCUAUCUAUCUAUCUAUCGAAUCUGUUCAUGUCUAUCUACCUAUCUAUCUAUCUAUCGAAUCUGUUCAUGUCUAUCUACCUAUCUAUCUAUCUAUCGAAUCUGUUCAUGUCUAUCUACCAUCUAUCUAUCUAUCGAAUCUGUUCAUGUCUGUCCUAUUCAUCUACCAUCUAUCAAGAAUCUAUCUAUCAUGAAUCUAUGUUCAUGUCGAAUCUGUACCUAUCUAUCUAUCUAUCUAUCUAUCUAUCGAAUCUGUUCAUGUCUAUCUACCUAUCUAUCUAUCUAUCGAAUCUGUUCAUGUCUAUCUACAUUCUAUCUAUCUAUCGAAUCUGUUCAUGUCUAUCUACCUAUCUAUCUAUCUAUCGAAUCUGUUCAUGUCUAUCCAUUCAUCUAUCUAUCUAUCGAAUCUGUUCAUGUCUAUCUACCUAUCUAUCUAUCUAUCGAAUCUGUUCAUGUCUAUCUACCUAUCUAUCAUCUAUCUAUCGAAUCUGUUCAUGUCUAUACCCUAUCUAUCUAUCGAAUCUAUCUCAUCUAUCUAAUUCUAUCUAUCGAAUCUGUUCAUGUUCAUCUAUCUACCUAUCUAUCUAUCUAUCGAAUCUGUUCAUGUCUAUCUACCUAUCUAUCUAUCUAUCGAAUCUGUUCAUGUCUAUCUACCUAUCUAUCUAUCUAUCGAAUCUGUUCAUGUCUAUCUACCUAUCUAUCUAUCUAUCGAAUCUGUUCAUGUCUAUCUCUAUCUAUCUAUCGAAGUCUGUUCAUGUCUAUAUCUAUCUAUCGAAUCUGUUCAUGUCUAUCUACCUAUCAUCUAUCUAUCGAAUCUGUUCUGUUCAUCUACCCAUCUAUCUAUCUAUCGAAUCAUUCAUUCAUCUAUCUAUCGAAGUAUCUAUCUAUCUAUCUAUCGAAUCUGUUCAUGUCUAUCUACCUAUCUAUCUAUCUAUCUAUCGAAUCUGUUUCACCUAUCUAUCUAUCGAAGUCCAUGUCUAUCUCUAUCUAUCGAAUCAUGUUCAUGUCUAUCUAGUCUGUUCCUAUCUAUCUAUCUAUCGAAGUCUGUUCAUGUCUAUCUACCUAUCUAUCGAAGUCUGUUCAUGUCUAUCUACCUAUCUAUCGAAGUCUGUUCAUGUCUAUCUACCUAUCUAUCGAAGUCUGUUCAUGUCUAUCUACCUAUCUAUCGAAGUCUGUUCAUGUCUAUCUACCUAUCUAUCGAAGUCUGUUCAUGUCUAUCUACCUAUCUAUCUAUCGAAGUCUGUUCAUGUCUAUCUAUCGAAGUCUGUUCAUGUUCAUCUAUCUAUCGAAGUCUGUUUCAUGUAUAUCUACCUAUCUAUCUAUCGAAGUCUGUUCAUGUCUAUCUACCUAUCUAUCUAUCGAAGUCUGUUCACCCUAUCUAUCAGAAUCUACCCAUCUAUCCAUGUUAUCUAUCGAAGUCUGUUCAUGUCUAUCUACCCCAUCUAUCACCCAUCUAUCGAAUCUGUUCAUGUCUAUCUAUCUAUCUAUCGAAGUCUGUUCAUGUCUAUCUAUCUAUCUAUCGAAGUCUGUUCAUGUCUAUCUACCUAUCUAUCUAUCGAAGUCUGUUCAUGUCUAUCUACCUAUCUAUCUAUCGAAGUCUGUUCAUGUCUAUCUACCUACCUAUCUAUCGAAGUCUGUUCAUGUCUAUCUACCUAUCUAUCGAAGUCUGUUCACCUAUCUAUCUAUCGAAGUCUGUUCAUGUCUAUCUACCUAUCUAUCUAUCGAAUCUAUCUACCAUCUAUCAUUAUCGAAGUCUGUUCAUGUUCAUCUAUCUAUCUAUCUAUCUAUCUAUCGAAGUCUGUUGUUCAUGUCAUAUCUGUUCAUCAUCUAUCUAUCUAUCGAAGUCUGUUCAUGUCUAUCUAUCUAUCGAAGUCUGUUCAUCUAUCUAUCUAUCGAAGUCUGUUCAUGUCUAUCUAUCUAAGUCUGUUCAUUCAUCUAUCUAUCGAAUUCAUCUAUCGAAGUCUGUUCAUGUCUAUCUACCCAUCUAUCUAUCGAAGUCUGUUCAUGUCUAUCUAUCGAACCCAUCUAUCUAUCGAAGUCUGUUCAUGUCUAUCUACCUAUUCAUCUAUCGAAGUCUGUUCAUGUCUCAUCUACCCAUCUAUCUAUCGAAGUCUGUUCAGUCUAUUAUCAUGUCUAUCGAAGUCUGUUCCUAUCUAUCUAUCUAUCUAUCUAUCGAAGUCUGUUCAUGUCUAUCUACCCUAUCUAUCGAAUCUGUUCAUGUCUAUCUACCCAUCCUAUCUAUCUAUCGAAGUCUGUUCAUGUUCAUAUCUACCCAUCUAUCUAUCGAAGUCUGUUUCAUGUCUAUCUACCUAUCUAUCUAUCGAAGUCUGUUCAUGUCUAUCUACCUAUCUAUCGAAGUCUGUUCAUGUCUAUCUACCUAUCUAUCGAAGUCUGUUCAUGUCUGUUCUAUGUCUAUCUACCCAUCUAUCGAAGUCUGUUCAUGUCUAUCUACCCAUCUAUCUAUCGAAGUCUGUUCAUGUCUAUCUACCCAUCUAUCUAUCGAAGUCUGUUCAGUCUGUUCAUGUCUAUCUGUCCCUAUCUAUCUAUCGAAGUUCUGUCAUCAUGUCUAUCUACCUAUCUAUCUAUCGAUCUAUCUAUGUUCAUGUUCAUCUACCCUAUAUCUAUCUAUCGAAGUCUGUUCAUGUUCAUCUACCCAUCUAUCUAUCGAAGUCUGUUCAUGUCUAUCUACCUAUCUAUCUAUCGAAGUCUGUUCAUGUCUAUCUACCUAUCUAUCUAUCGAAGUCUGUUCAUGUCUAUCUACCUAUCUAUCUAUCGAAGUCUGUUCAUGUCUAUCUACCUAUCUAUCUAUCGAAGUCUGUUCAUGUCUAUCUAUCGAAGUCUGUUCAUGUCUAUCUAUCUAUCUAUCGAAGUCUGUUCAUGUCUAUCUAUCUAUCUAUCGAAGUCUGUUCAUGUCUAUCUACCUAUCUAUCUAUCGAAGUCUGUUCAUGUCUAUCUAUCUAUCUUCAUGUCUAUCUAUCUACCUGUUCAUGUCCAUCUAUCGAAGUCUGUUCAUGUCUAUCUAUCUACCUAUCUAUAGAAGUCUGUUCAUGUCUAUCUAUCUAUCUAUAUAUCGCAGUCUGUUCAUAUCUAACUAUCUCUCUAUCUAUCGCCGUCUGUUUAUCUCUCUAUCUAUCGCCGUCUGUUUAUCUCUCUAUCUAUCGCCGUCUGUUUAUAUCUAUUCUAACGCAGUCUGUUUAUAUUUAUCUAUCUAUCUAA